UUCCAGCAAGAGUUGUAUAAACCAGUGUUACAAGGUGGCUACAAUUUCAACUUGAGAACUCUUUUGCAUCUAAUUGUUUGGCAUGGUCCUGCAGCCUGCAGUCUUCCUACAAAAUUCAAAGAUGCAGAUUCUUGUCCUAUUCUUCUCAAUAAUAAUCUGCUGCGGAGGAGCUCAACGCUCUGAGCCAAUGUUCACAGCAGUGACUGACACAGUUCUCCCACCAGAUUAUGAAAAUAACCCAACACAGCUGAACUAUGGCGUGGCUGUCACAGAUGUGGACAACGAUGGAGACUUUGAAAUUGUAGUGGCUGGGUACAAUGGACCAAAUCUGGUAUUAAAAUACAACAAAGAAAAGGGUCAUCUAGUAAACAUUGCCGUAGAUGAACGAAGCUCACCAUAUUACCAACUCCGAGAUCGUCAGGGCAAUGCCAUUGGGGUGACGGCCUGUGACAUUGAUGGGGAUGGAAGAGAAGAAAUAUAUUUCUUGAACACGAACAAUGCCUUUUCAGGCAUGGCCACAUAUUCAGAUAAACUGUUUAAGUUUCGAAACGGGCAUUGGGAAAACAUCCUCGGUGAUGAUGUGAACAUUAGAAGAGGUGUUGCAAGCUGGUUUGCUGGACGUUCGGUGGCUUGCAUCGAUAGGAAGGGUACCGGCAGAUACGCCAUAUAUGUUGCAAACUAUGCAAACGGCAAUGUUGGUCCUCACGCAUUGAUCGAGAUGGAUGACUCUGCAAGUGAUGUUUCCAGAGGGAUAAUUGCCUUGUCCAAUGUGGCAGCGGAAGCUGGUGUGAAUAAAUACACAGGUGGCAGAGGUGUAACUGUGGGGCCAAUUGUGAAUUCUGCUGCUUCUGACAUCUUCUGUGAUAAUGAGAAUGGACCAAAUUUUCUUUUUCAAAACAAAGGAGAUGGCACCUUUAUGGAUGUAGCUUCCAGUGCUGGAGUGGAUGAUACGUAUCAGCAUGGUCGAGGAGUGGCAUUAGCUGAUUUUAAUAGAGAUGGAAAAGUGGACAUAGUGUAUGGAAACUGGAAUGGGCCCCAUCGUCUUUUUCUGCAGAUGAACACCAAUGGAAAAAUUCGCUUUAGGGAUAUUGCUACUCAGAAGUUCUCCAUGCCUUCUCCUGUCCGUACUGUGAUCGCUGCUGACUUCGAUAACGAUCAAGAGCUUGAAGUCUUCUUUAAUAACAUCGCCUCCAAGGCAUCCUCCGCAAACCGUAUGUUCAGGAUUGGACGUCGAGAACAUGCUGAUCCAUUCAUGGAGGAGCUGAAUCCAGGAGAUGCCUCUGAGCAUGAUGGACUAGGAACUGGAGGAGCUGUGACUGAUUUUGAUGGAGAUGGUAUGUUGGAUUUAAUUUUGUCCCAUGGAGAAUCAAUGGCACAACCAUUAUCGGUGUUCAAGGGAAAGCAGGGUUUAAAAAACAAUUGGCUUCGAGUGAUACCACGUACCAAAUUUGGUGCCUUUGCACGUGGUGCAAAGGUUGUCCUGUACACUAAAAAGAGUGGGGCUCAUCUGAGAAUUAUUGAUGGUGGAUCUGGUUAUCUUUGUGAGAUGGAACCUGUGGCUCACUUUGGAUUGGGAAAGGAUCAAGCUAGUAGCUUGGAGGUGACCUGGCCCGAUGGUCGAAUUUUUACUCGUGGCAUUUCUGAAGGAGAAAUAAACACUGUGCUGGAGAUAACGUACCCAAACGAAGAAGAGAGUGUAACAAAACCAACGAAUAUCGAGUGUGGAGAGGGAUUCUCUAUGAAUGAAAAUGGACACUGUGCAGACACAGAUGAAUGCAUACAGUUUCCAUUUGUAUGUCCAAGGGAAAAGCCAAUCUGUAUUAACACUUAUGGAGGGUACAAAUGUCGUCCAAACAGGAGAUGCAGUCGGGGUUUCGAGCCAAAUGAAGAUGGAACGGCAUGUGUUGACAUAGAUGAAUGUGCGCUUGGCACCAAUGAAUGUAAACACCUCUGCAUGAACACCGAAGGAUCCUAUACUUGCAAGUGUCACCCAGGCUUCCGCUUGCAAUCACAGAAUGAAUGUGUCGAUAUAAAUGAAUGCCAGGCACAGCCUAAGCUCUGUGAUCAGAUCUGCCACAAUGAACAGGGUUCCUUUCACUGCCAUUGCUUUGAUGGGUUUUACCUUCAGAUGGAUGGAAGAAAGUGCUAUCGGCAAUAAGAUUUUCUGUAAUGGACUGUCUUCACAUUAACAGCCUGUGUUUUAACUGAAAGGACAAAGUAUGUUAAUAUUUAAUGAGAGGGACUUAAGACUGGAGCUGAACACAAAUGUUUUUUAUCAUACAAAGUAUAUAUAUAUAUAUACUUGCAUAUCAGGACACAACAAUCAUCUGUUACUUAGCAAAUCUUAAAAUAAGUUAAAUACAACCUUAGAUGAACAACAGAUGACAUAUUUCACGGAGUCAUGAUUUAUUUAGCAAAAUUAAAACCAAAAUGGAGAAGCCAUGUGUGAAAAACUAAAUACACCCUAUGAUUCAUAGCUUAUAGAACCAUUGUUUUCAACAAUAACUUGAAGUAUUUUUUCUGUAUGACUUUACCAUUCUCUUACAUCAUUGUGGAGGUGUUUUGACCCACUCUUCUUUACAACGGUGCUUCAGUUCAUUGAGGUUGAGGUUUGCUGGCAUUUGUUUAUGCAUGGCUGUCUUAAAGUCCUGCCACAGCAUUUCAAUAGGGUUGAGGUCUGGACUUUGACUCGGCCAUUGCAACACCUUGAUUCCUUUCCUUUUCAGUCAUUCUGAUGUAGAUUUGCUGUUGUGCUUGGGAUCAUUGUCCUGUUGCAUGACCCAAUUUCAGCCAAGCUUUAGCUGUCAGACAGAUGCCCUCACAUUUGACUCUAGAAUAUUUUAGUAUACGGAGGAGUUAAUGGUCGACUUAAUGACUGCAAGGUCAUCAGGUCCAGUGGCUGCAAAACAAGCCCAUAUCACCAUCCACCACCAUGCUUGAUAGUUGGAUAAGGUGUUUGUGUUGAUAUGCUGUGUUUGGUUUUUGGCCAUAAUGCACUGUGCCACAUUUGGCAAACAUCUACACUUUGAUCUAGUCUGUCCAAAAUACAUUGUUCCAGAGGUCUUGUGGUUUAUUCAGCUGCAACUUUGCAAACCUAAGCUUUGCUACCAUGUUCUUUUUAUAGAGAAAAGGCUUUCUCCUGGCAACCCUCCCAAACAAACCAUAUGUGUUCAGUAUUUUUCUAAUUGUACUAUCAUUAACGUUGGCAUUUAACAUGCUAACUAAGGCCUUGUAGAGUUUGAGAUGUAACUCUUGUUUUUUUGCAAUUUCUCUGAGAUGUGUCUGACCUCGGAGUGGAUUUGCUGGAAGGUCCACCCCUGGGGAGAUUGGCAACUGCCUUCGAUGUUUUCCACUUUUAAAUAAUCUUUCUCAAUGUAGAAUGAUGAACUUUUAAAUUGUUUGGAAAUGGACUUGUAACUCUUCCCAGUCUGAUGGGGAGAAACAAUUGCUUCUCUAAGACCAUUGCUGACGUCUUUCCUUCUUGGCAUUGUGUUAACAUACACCUGAAUGCUCCAGACCAGAAAAAUACUAAAACGUUCGCUUUUAUAGAGGUGGACACACUCGCUGAUGAUCAGUUAAGGGCAUUAGAUUAGCAGCACCUGUCUGAUAUUUGGCAGGAAGGGUGUACUUAGUUUUUCACACAAGGCUUCACCAUUUUGACUUUAUUUUUGUUAAAUAAAUCAUGACGCUGUGUAAUAUGUCACGUGUUGUUGUUCAUCUGACGUUGUAUUUACCUAAUUUUAAAAUCUACUAAGGAGCAGAUGAUUGUUAACAUGUUCAGGUAUGUAAAACCAUAGAAUUCAAAGAGGGUAUACUUUAUUUUUCCAAUUACUGUAUAUCUUUUUAUAAGUAAUAUCUAUAUAUACAUGCACAU